AUGCGCAUUUGGUCAUGGCUGCCAUGUGCUUGUAUCGGGGAUAUGCAGUACUACUCAUGGAAGCCGCGCAACUGUGGAGGGCGCACAAUACGAUUCUCGCCAGCCAAGUUCUUGAUGCGGAUGCGCAACAAGGUGAUAGCGAUGGUGGGCGACUCGCUCAUGUACGAAGGCUUCCUUCCCUCCAUGCUCUGCCAGAUCCACCGCGUGUCGGCGGUGAGCAAGGUGACGGACGACGGGCUGAGCAAGUUCGUGUGGCGCGUGGCGGCAUACAACGUGACCAUCGUCAACUACUGGAGCCCCUUCCUCAUGGCCUACUCCACUCAGAACGACGUGCUGCGCCGCAUUAAAGUCACCAACCCCGGGCUGGGCGACACGGCCGUCAACCUGCACACGUUCGACCCCACGUGGUUCGACAAGGUCGGGCGGUUCGGCAUGGUGGUGUUCCAGUCCGCGACGCACUGGCCGCACGCCAAGACGUGGCUGCGGCGAUUCUUCGUGAACCGCAAGUGGCAGCUCAUCAAGCCCGAACCCAACACCGUGCAGGCCUACAAGAUGGCGUUACGGCGGCUGGCGCGCACGUUCGACGCGAAGAGCGUGAAGCGGUGGCGGCUGCCGCCCAUGUACUUCCUCUCCGCGCCGCCGCGCCUCGCCGGCUGCCAGGGCGCCAAGACUCCCAGCUCUCCGCAGAUGUACUCGUUCUUUGAGCGCAACAACUCGCAGAGCCGCGUGUGGUACCCGUCGCAGGCAAACGUGUUCAAGGGCAGCCGCACGAUCCGCCUCAUAGACAUCACGCACCCCUCGCUCUUCCGCUCCGACGCCAUGAUCGCCGCGCAGCGCCGCAAAUCGCAGGACUGCUUGCACCCCUGCAUGCCCGGCCUGCCCGACACCUGGGUCGACCUCUUCUAUGAAACGUGGCGCCGCGAACACGGCGUUGCGUGA